AACAGUUUCCUAUUGAUCAUCGGCUGUAGGCCUGUAUAUUGGGGGGCUUUGGCGCGCUCUCUCCAUCCCAGCUCGCGCACAGGGGAACGGCGCGCCAAUCAGGACUCUAGCCGCUUCACGUCGCUGCCGUCUACUGUUUCAUUUCUUCUUACUGACCGACUCCGACGAGGGGAGCGUCUUUGGCACUAUGCAAAGUUUCACCGGAAUCUCGCACCUCUUAUUGGCUCUUCUGUUGCAGCGGGCACCUGCACAGAUUUCACAUCCUCCAGAAGAGGGUCACCCAAAAGUAAUGGAGUUCCAGGAGGUGUGGGCAAAGAGCAUGUGUCGGGCCAUGGAGCAGCUGGUGGAUGUGGAGCAGGAGUACCCCGGAUUAGUGGAGCACAUCUAUCUGCCUGCUUGUGUCCCACUCUGGCGAUGCUCUGGAUGCUGUGGGGAUGAGAACCUGGAGUGCCAGCCUACCCUUGAACGCAACAUCACUCUGGAGGUGAAGAGGAUCCAGCUGAGGUAUGUGGACACUGUGGAACUCACAUUUGUGGAGCAUCAGAGCUGUGAAUGCAGAACCCGUCAAAGACUCAUACAUAAGAGAAGAGGUGAGUCCAUCAAGAACAGACCUCGGAGGAGGAAACACAAGAAGACAACAACCGGCUGUGGCAAGUGCCAGUUCCCUUAAAACAAGAUAAAUCAUCACUGAUUCACUCGCCUGUCCAAAAGUUUAAUUUGGAGCAGUGACUCUGAAGUGGCAAACAACAGCACAUGUGUGAAUUUUUCAUAUCUGACUAUUCAUCUUGUCUCUGUGUAUCUUUCCUUAUCUGAUGCAUCAAACAACAGAUUUUCCAUCUUGUCCAUGACAUUCUUUUCUUUUUUGAUUGAUCAUCAAAGCAGACAAUCAUAUCAACAGACUCCUUCGGCUCUAACUUCUGUUUAAAGGCCCAAAAUCAACAUCCAUUAUAACUUAUAUAAUAAAGUUGUAUUUGUGUGAGCUUUUAAAAAAAAGACUUAGGAUACAACAGAUUUAAUAGGUAUAAAGAUAAUGUGUGGAAUGCUGCAAACUUAUCAGUGUCCAGGGGAAAGGAUUACCGUAAGACCUCCAUCCAUCCUGAAGUGUUCACUGUCAGAUCAAUAACAACAUUCACAAAGAGCUAUGAACCUGAUUCUGAAAAAAGACGUAAAGAUGUGAAUUUCUGUAAAGUGUUACUUUCUCUGCCAUGGGACAUGAUAAAUUCAUGAGAUAAAAUCCUUCCCAAAAUACAA